AUGAACGUGGCUGCUGCCUCCUCUUCCCUCGAGAAAUCCUACGAGCUUCCCAACAGUCAGGUCAUCACCAUCGGCAACGAGCGCUUACGCUGCCCUGAGUCCCUCUUCCAGCCUUCCUUCCUGGGUAAGGAAUCUGUCGGCAUCCACGAGAUCGUCUACAACUCCAUCAUGAGGUGCGACAUUGAUAUCGGGAAGGACCUGUUCGCCAACAAUGUGCUGUCUGGCGGCACCACCAUGUACCCUGGUAUUGCUGCUGACCGCAUGCAGAAGGAAAUCACUGCCCUGACUCCCUCUACCAUCAAGAUCAAGAUCAUUGCUCCUCCUGACAGCAAAUACUCCGUAUGGACGGGCGGCUCCAUCCUGGCCUCUCUCUCCAUUUUCUAG